ACCGACACAACCCCACCAAUAAAAAGCAGCCAGAGACACCCCAGCCGACGCAAAACCGCCAUCCCAGGGACACCCCAGUCCCAAUCAACCCCAGCCACGAACACACGCCAGCCACGACAACAACCGCAGCCCCGACACACACCGCCCCCCGACGAAACACCGCCCAGCCAAGACAAAACACCAGCCCACCACACACCCCAGCUACGACACCCGCCAGCCCCGAAUCCACCCUCCAGCCGACACAACACCGCAGCCAGACACACACGCCAGCCCACGACACACCCGCCGACGACACAAAGACCCGCCGACACACACACAGCCGCGACGACACAACGCGACCACGACACAACACGCCAGCCGAACACACACCCACCGACACAAACGCCACACACAACACGCCAGAGAAGACAAACAGCCAGCAAAAACAAAACCCCCAGCCCAAGACAAACCGCAGCAGAAGACACACAGCCAGCAGACGAAACCACCGCCAGCACACACACCGUCCAGCCGACGACACAACGCCAGCCAGAAGAACCGCCAGCGCACGCCCAACCGCCAGCCAGAACACACCCCACCCAAACACCCAGCGCACGACAAACACCGCAGCGCACGACACACCCCACCAGACACACACCGCCGCCAACACCACCCAGCCCACAAACGCCCCCCAACACACGCAAGCCCACGACAGACCCCCACAAACAACACCGCCACCCACGACACCACACCCACAGAAACAAAACCGCCAGCCGAACGACCACACACCGCCAUCUCUACGACACACCCCGCCAGCCACGACACCACACUCCAGCCCACGACAGACAACUCCACGACCACGGACACACCCGCCCGCCCAACGACAACACACCGUCCAGCCCACGACAGCACCGCCAGCCCGACGACACACACCGCAGCCGACCACCACACACCUGCCAGCCGAGACAGACAGCCAGCCGACAACACACACAGCCAGCCCACAACACCACACGCCAGCCCACGACACACACCGCCAGCCCACGACACAACUACCGCCAGCCGACGACAUGACACCGCCAGCCGAAGACACACACCGCAGCCGAAGACACACACCGCCAGCCGAAGACACACACCGCAAGCAGAAUGACACACUCCCGCCAGCCCACGAGACACACCGGCAGCCGAAGACACACACGCCAGCCGAAGACACACACCGCAAGGCAGAAGACACAACACCGCCAGCCCACGAGACACACCGGCAGCCCACGACACACACCGCCAGCCGACGACACACACCGCCAGCCCACGAGACACACCGGCAGCCGAAGACAAACACCCGCCAGCCGAAGACACACACCGCCAGCCGAAAAACAGACACCGCCAGCCCAGACACACACCCCCAGCAGAAGACACAACCGCCAGCCGACGAACACACACCGCCAGCCGACGACACACACCGCCAGCCACGACACACACCGCCAGCCCACGACACAACCUCCAGCCAGACACACACCGCCAGCCCACGACACACACCGCGAGCCGACAACACAACCCCACCCAACGACACACACCGCCAGCCGACUACACACACAGCUGAGCCACGAACAUACCGCCAUCCCACUACACACACCUCCAUGCAGAAUACACACACCCCAUCCACUACACACAACUCCAGCACUACAAAACACCGCGCCUACAACACACACCUCCAUCCCACUACACACACCUCCAUCCCACUACACACACCUCCAUCCUACUACACACACCUCCAUCCUACUACACACACCUCCAUCCCACUACACACACCUCCAUCCCACUACACACACCUCCAUCCCACUACACACACCUCCAUCCCACUACACACACCUCCAUCCUACUACACACACCUCCAUCCCACUACACACACCUCCAUCCUACUACACACACCUCCAUCCUAA